CGCCACACGUGCAGGAAGUGGUGUAAAAAUCAACUUCCGGGUCAAAUUCUAAGGUCAAAUAAUCAACCGGUACAGUUGCUGACUCCAAAAAUUGUUUGGAGGUGAAAAACCAGAAAGAUGUUGUCUGUGAGGAGGGUCGUACAUUAUGUUCCCCGGAGAUAUAUGGCCGUAGUGACAGGCUCAAAUCCACAGGUCACACAGCCUCUCAACUAUAUUGGAGGGAAAAGAGUGGACCCAGUGCAUUCACCAGACACCUUUAAUCUCACAUCUCCUGCGACAGGUGAGGUACUCAGACCUGUGGGUAACACUGGCAGUACGGAUGUUGAUGAGGCUGUGUUGGCAGCUCAGGAUGCCUUUAAAACCUGGUCAAAGAUUUCUGGUUUUGAGCGGGGCGCAAUACUGAAGAAAGCUGCCAAUAUAAUCAGGGAGAGGGCAGAAGAGAUGGCAAGAACAGAAGUUCUGGAUACAGGAAAACCUAUCUGGGAGGCUAGGUACGACAUUGAAGGGUGUACUGAUACUAUCGACUAUUAUGGCGGACUGGCCGCGAAAAUAGCAGGAGAGUACCAACAGUUAGCCAAUGGGAGCUUUGCUUACACAAUCAAGGAGCCCCUGGGUGUAGUAGGAGGAAUCGGGGCCUGGAAUUACCCGUUUCAGAUGGCUGCCUGGAAGUCAUCCCCAGCCCUAGCAGCAGGCAACACCAUGAUAUUCAAACCCUCACCACUAACACCUCUCACGGCUGUCAUGUUGGCAGAAAUCUACUCAGAGGCAGGACUUCCUCACGGCUGUUUUAAUGUCAUCCAGGGUGAAGGAGAAACCGGACAGUUGCUAAGCAACCACACAGGUGUGUCCAAGAUGACAUUUACAGGGAGUGUUCAGACUGGCAGCAAGAUCAUGGAAGCAUGUGCCAAGCAAAUCCAUCAUGUAACGUUGGAGCUGGGAGGAAAAUCUCCGUGCAUAAUCUUCGAUGACAGCGAUUUGGACAGUGCAGUGACUGGAGCCAUGCUGGCAAACUUCCUCAACCAAGGACAGGUGUGCUCCAAUGGGACAAGAGUCUUUGUACAAGACAGUGUGAUGAAACCAUUCCUGGAAAAGUUGGUGGAACGAACUAAGGCGAUGAAAAUAGGUGAUCCAAAUGAUGAGGAUACGACUGUGGGGGCCACGAUCAGCCCAGAACAGGCCAGCAAGACUCUACAGUACAUCGACAUCGCACAAACUGAGGGUGCUCAUAUCCUGUAUGGAGGUAAACGUGUUACUCCCAGUGCCAGUCUAGCUGGGGGCUACUACAUCCAACCCUGUAUACUGACGAAUUGCCAAGACAACAUGCGAGUGGUCAAGGAGGAGGUGUUUGGAAGUGUAAUGUCGGUCCUCAGCUUCUCAAGUGAAGAAGAGGUCAUUGCCCGAGCCAACGACACAGAAUUUGGUCUGGCAGGAGGAGUCUUUACAAAUAAUUUACAGCGGGCCCACCGAGUGGCAAGCAGUCUGGAGGCGGGCUCUCUCUACGUCAACACCUACAAUGUUUACCCCGUUGGUGUGCCUUUUGGCGGCUACAAGAAAUCAGGAAUCGGCCGUGAAAAUGGACCAGACACAUUGGACUAUUACACACAAAUCAAGUCUGUUUAUGUAGAAAUGGGGCCAGUGGAGGCACCCUUCUGAAGGACCAGAUUGAUGUAGUGCAAGUCAUUGGGUAGAAAGGAAUCAAGUUGGAGUCGGAUCAGAACAGGGUUACAGCCUAAGAGAGGAGACAUGAUGUAAAAAGCUGGACCAGAACUUGGGUAUAACCUAAAGGGCAGUCUGAUGUUGGCCUGGACUAAAUACUCAGUAAAUCAUCGUUGAAAUCCAAGUUAAUUUCUCAAUAGGUUAUUUCCUCUGCAGCAGUUUUACAUGAAUUUUGAGGAUGCUUAAAAGUGGGAUCCUUACAAUAAAACAUAUAUCAUUAUUUCCUGAUAAAAAUCAGGAUUUAUUGUAUUCAUAUAAAAAUAUUGAAAUUAGUCAAUUUGAAAUUUGAAAUGAGCAAUCUUUGAUAUUCCAGAUUAGGUAUUCAGAGCUAUUUCAUAUCGAUAAUAUAGGUGAUGGCGUAUGAAUUAAUGGCCUAAUUAUAUCGAGCAUUGGCCAACAGGACAGAAACUUUGUGAUCAGUGGAGGACAGAGAAAUGUUCCAGCAUAGACGUUGAUAUUUAUUUUGAAAAUGUAGGUCAACAUUUAAUGUGGAAUGUUAUCCACUUCUGGUUGUUAACAUAUACAUGUACAUGUAUAUGGCUUUGAAGCAUUAUAUUGUCUUCAGAAAGUUCAUCGUGAAAUAUGCUGGACAUUUUGUUGAGCUCGACCACAAGCUCGAGCACAUGUACUUGUGGUGUGAAAAAACGGUGAACUUCACUACAUUCCGAACUACUAAUUAGACAUUCUAGUGAGCAAAUGGCGUUUGACAAUCAAUGUGCAUGACAUAUUUCAAAUGUGUUUGAUAUAUAUCUGUGAUAAUUAUCCAAGAUUUAUCAUGGGGAUUAAAUCCAUCAACGAUAUAUCUGUAAUAAAUAUCCAAGAUUUAUCAUGAGGAUUAAAUCAAUCAACCAUUGGCAAUCACAAACUUGUACACAGAAACUUUUAUAACAGAACAAUGGACAUGACAUAUACUUAUGUGGGCUGAUAUCACCAAGGAUCAUCGAUAAAAAUGAUAAUUCAGACAAACUUGCCCUAAAAGUCACCUCUAUAACAAAACAGUGUCUAUAAAUAAAAUCUGACUAAAAUGUUAUGUUUCUGCUAACUUGUGUGUCCUUUAGGCAAGUCUGACUGUAUCCUGGGAUUUUGUUGUCCCUUUACAGUUACAUAAACUCAAUAGCCAUCUAAAUGAAUAUUAGACCCAACACUGAACUCUCUUUUUGGUCUUGAGUUGGGGUAAUAUUUUGUUGUUGUUAAUUAACAGCAAACAGAAGAGGAUGUAUCCGUAUUCAAGUGACACUUUUUUCUUUUCACGUAGACAACUUGUCAGUGAUUUGGUGAAAUCCCUAGUUAUUAAACAUAAUUAACCUUUCACCCCUACUGAGCAUAUUGGACUUCAAAUGAUAAAUGAAUGGCCGAGUCCACUAAAGUUUCUUAGGGUUGAAAUGUUUAAGCAACUACCGAUUCAUACACACCAUACAUCUGUAUGGAAAUAUAAUAUCCAACAUUUCAUAGACACAAGUAACUGUUAAGACCUUUCAAAUUAGUAAGCAUUUCUUACACAUAUUACAUAUACAUGUACAUACACACCAUGAUUUUUUAACUAGGACUUUCAUAUUAAACAUUUCAUUCAUUAAUAUACAUGGUAUGUAUAGUUCUCAAAUCAUCAUUUUAUAUAUACAUACAGAAGCAAAUAUGCUUAGCCUAAGUGUACAUGAGUGUGUGUGUUUCGUUCAUUUUUUCAUUUUCAUCCGAGAGGUCAUUUUAAACAAUGAAAUAAAAAAAAUGAAAAUACUGAAAAAAUGAAAA